CCGGCUGGUGCCGGAGCCUGGGGCUGCUCCGGGCCACUUAGAACCGGGCCGGCCGCAGGGGGAGGGGGUGUCGGCGGCAGCGCAGGGCUCAUGUAAUCAAAGGAGUUUCUUUGUUGUGUGUGUCUUUUCAGAACACAACAGGAAUUCAAAAUGAAUCAGAACACAACUGAAUCUGCAGGAGCAGCUGAGACCUUGGCUGAUGUACCUGAACAUGUGCUUAAAGGACUUCCUGAGGAAGUGAGGCUUUUCCCAUCUGCUGUUGACAAGACACGGCUUGGUGUCUGGGCAACAAAGUCAAUUUUAAAAGGCAAAAAAUUCGGACCGUUUGUUGGUGACAAGAAAAAAAGAUCCCAAGUUAAGAACAAUGUAUACAUGUGGGAGGUAUAUUACCCAAACUUGGGAUGGAUGUGUGUUGAUGCAACUGAUCCAAGGAAAGGAAACUGGCUGCGAUAUGUGAACUGGGCACUUUCGGGAAAGGAGCAAAAUCUAUUCCCUUUGGAGAUCAACAGGACCAUUUACUACAAAACCUUAAAGCCAAUCGCGCCGGGCGAGGAGCUGUUAGUCUGGUACAAUGGGGAAGACAACCCCGAGAUAGCAGCUGCUCUGGAGGAAGAGCGAGCCGCCCACCGCAGCAAGAGGCACUCGCCGAAAGCCAAGAAAGACCAAGUGGAGGAUCCAGCUGGUAGUAGCAGCCAUGUAGGACCCUUCAGGAACCUGAUGAGUGGAAUGCCUCCCUGUGUGUGUGAAAGAGCAGACUGUGGGUCAGAAGACCUCAGAACACUACAUGUCUUGGUGUAUGGACCAGGAGACCCAAUUUUCCUCUUCACCCCAACUCCAGCUUCACCAGAAGGGAAGAAAAAGGAGUGUAAAAACAAGGGGAAAAAGGCAAUAGAUACAAAGCAGAGAAAGACUGAUUUGGAUUUUACUUCCACAGAUAUGAGGGAGUCUAAAGAAGACCAUAAAGAGGAAGAUGAAAAGCCAUCUGUUUCUGCUGUGCUGUCACUGGAACAAACAGCCGUGAUUCAGGAGAUGGUAAAUCAAGAUGUUCUUCCAAAACUAAUGAUCCCCAGUCCUACCAGUGAGCCACGAACAAUGCCUGAAGACAAACCAGGAGCAAUAACUUGUGGAUCAGAUGAUUUGGAGGAAGAGGAGGAGGAGGAGGAGGAGGAGGAAGAAGAAGAGGAGGAGGAAGAUGAAGAUGAAGAUGAAGAGGUGGAAGAUGCUAAUUUACCUGAAGAAAGUCCUGGAAAAGAGCCUACAGCUGUAUGUGAAGAAAAGCUAGAAUCUAUGGAGGAACAAAAAAGCAUAUCAGAAGAAUCUCUAGAGAACUCCCCAAAGAAAACACCGGUUGUAAAAAUUCCUAAAGCAAAAGGUGUAUCGAAUGGUGAUUUCCAGGAAACAUUUAUGUUUCCCUGUCAGCAUUGUGAGAGGAAGUUUACAACAAAGCAAGGACUUGAACGCCACAUGCAUAUUCAUAUAUCUAGUGUCAAUCAUGCUUUCAAAUGCCGAUACUGUGGGAAAGCCUUUGGCACUCAAAUUAAUCGGCGAAGGCAUGAGCGGCGUCAUGAAGCAGGGCCAAAAAGAAAACCAUUCUUAACAUUAACUUCGGCCCCGCAGUCUGAUGAUGUUGCUGAUGGACAGACAUUUGCAGAUGAUGGUCUUAAAGACGAAUUAAAUGUUUCCAAUCUUGUGCAAGACUUUGCAGUCUUGGAUUCUGAGAAGGUCUCCCAAGAAAUGUCAAAUUCUACCCUUGUUGAGGAGAACAAGGAACCCAAAGAAUUGCAUCCUUGCAAAUAUUGUAAAAAGGUUUUUGGAACACAUACUAACAUGCGUAGGCACCAGCGUAGGGUUCAUGAGCGUCAUCUUAUUCCCAAAGGUGUCAGGAGAAAAGGAUUCAUUCUUGAAGAACCGCAACUUCAAACUGAGCAGGCCCAACCAGCCCAGAGUGUGUAUAUAGCAAGUACAGAAUUAGAAGAGGAUGGUGAAGCUGAUGACAUAUAUAUUAUGGAUAUUUCUAGCAAUAUCUCAGAAAAUUUAAAUUACUAUAUUGAUGGUAAAAUUCAGUCCAACAGUAGCACUAGCAAUUGUGAUGUGAUUGAGAUGGAAUCCAAUUCUGCAGACCUGUAUGGAAUAAAUUGUUUACUUAGUCCAGUCACAGUGGAAAUUUCUCAAAAUUUAAAGUCUACACAAAUACACAUGACUGACCUUCCUAAGGAGCCUUCUAGUGGUGGAAGCAAUGAAUCCAAAAAGAGGAGAACAACCAGCCCUCCUCUUUUACCUAAAAUAAAAACUGAAAUAGAUCCAGAACCUAUAACUCCUUCAUGUUCGUUAAAUCUUCCUCUUAGCAUUUCAACAGCUGAGAGCUUACCUUUUCAUAAAGAAAAAAGUGUUUAUUUGUCAUCCAAGUUAAAACAACUUCUUCAGACACAGGAUAGUAAUAAGAUAACUCCAGCAGCAACUGAAAUCCCUAAAUUAGGUCCUUCUGCUACAUCUUCACCCAUUUUGCCUUCAGUAUCUAGUAGGUUUAAAAGGAGAACCAGCUCUCCUCCCAGUUCUCCACAGCACAGUCCAGCGCUUCGAGACUUUGGUAAACAAAGUGAUGGAAAAACCAUGUGGAAUGAUACAGUUCUAGCUUCAAAGAUGCCAAAAUUAGAAAGUCACAGCAACUCACCUGUAUGGAGCUUAUGUGGGAGGGAGGAAAGACAGACUAUGAGUCCUCUGAGUUUUGAUGACUAUAAAAUACCUAAGGAAUGGACAGCAACUCCAACUUUUGGUAGCGUGUGCAACCAGCAGCCAUUGGAUUUAUCUAGUGGUGUAAAACAAAGGUCUGAUGUCAAAAGCAAGACUCAGGUUCCUUGGGAAUCAGUGUUAGAUCUAAGUGUGCAUAAGAAGCCAUAUAGUGACACUGAAGUUAAGGAAUACAAAGAAAAUAAUUCAGUGCAGCCAACAUGCAGUGGUAUUAAAAAGAAGAAACCAACCACAUGCAUGUUACAAAAAGUUCUGCUGAAUGAAUAUAAUGGAACGGAUAUAGCUACAGAAAGCACACCUGAUUUGACUUUGAAUAGAAGCCCAAGUCCAUGUAAAUCAUCAGUACCCCAGCCAGAACCUGAUGUUGAUCCUGAUGUGUCAGCACCUACUGUUGAGUCCCCUUCUCAUAGUUCCCCUGCUUCCCCUUUACCUCAAACAUCUGCUAUAUCCUCCUUGUGUCAGCUGCCCCCUCUUCUAACGCCAACGGAUCCUUCCUCCCCACCACCUUGUCCUCCUUUGUUAACACUUGCUACGCAACCCCCUCCACUCCUUCCUACUAUUCCUUUACCACUUCCAGGUGCCUCUGUCAGUGUCACUCCCACUCCUUCGUGCCCAUCACCACUGUAUAACACUGCUACACAGUCCCCACUUCCAAUCCUUUCACCUACAGUAUCUCCCUCUCCAUCUCCUGUUCCUUCUGUUGAACUUUUUACUACUGCUUCACCUGGUCCACCAAACCUCUCCUCCUCCUCAUCCUCCUCGUCCUCAUCUUCCUCUUCUUUCUCCUCCUCUUCUUCCUCCUCCUCUUGCUCUUCCUCCUCCUCCUCCUCCUCCUCUUCAUCAUCUCCUUCUCCUCCUCCUCUUUCAGUAGUUUCUUCUGUUGUUUCCCCUGCUGAUCAUCUGGAAAGUACUCUCCCCAUAAUAGCUUUUAAACAAGAGGAAAUGGAAAGUGAGCACGUGAAGCCAAGAGAAGAUCCAGAGACUUCAAGUGAAGCAGAUGUAGUUCGGGAAACGUUCAAUAAAAGCUUUGUGUGCAAUGUCUGUGAAUCACCUUUUCUUUCUAUUAAAGACCUAACUAAGCAUUUAUCUGUUCAUGCUGAAGAAUGGCCCUUCAAAUGUGAAUUCUGUGUACAGCUGUUUAGAGAAAAAACUGACUUGUCAGAACAUCGCUUUUUGCUUCAUGGAGUAGGAAAUAUCUUUGUAUGCUCAGUCUGUAAAAAGGAAUUUGCCUUUUUGUGCAAUUUGCAACAACAUCAGCGAGAUCUCCAUCCAGACAAAGAAUGCACACAUCAUGAGUUUGAAAGUGGGACUCUAAGACCCCAGAAUUUUACAGAUCCCAGUAAGGCAAAUGUAGAACAUAUGCAAAGCCUACCAGAAGUUUCCUUGGAACCCUCAAAAGAAGAGGAGGAUGAAGAUCUAAAUGACUCCUCUGAAGAGCUUUAUACUACCAUAAAAAUAAUGGCUUCUGGAGUAAAGUCAAAAGAUCCAGAUGUUCGUUUGGGCCUCAAUCAACACUAUCCAAGCUUUAAACCACCUCCAUUUCAGUAUCACCAUCGAAAUCCUAUGGGUAUUGGAGCCACUGCUACGAAUUUCACUACCCAUAAUAUUCCACAGACCUUUACUACUGCCAUUCGUUGUACAAAAUGUGGGAAAAGCGUUGAUAACAUGCCCGAAUUACACAAACACAUCUUGGCAUGUGCCUCUGCCAGCGACAAAAAGAGAUACACGCCCAAAAAAAAUCCAGUACCACUGAAGCAGACUGUGCAGCCUAAAAAUGGCAUGGUCAUUCUAGCUGGCCCUGGGAAAAAUGCCUUCAGACGAAUGGGACAACCUAAAAGACUUAAUUUCAAUGUUGAGAUGAGCAAAUUGUCUUCUAAUAAACUAAAACUAAGCGCAUUGAAGAAGAAAAAUCAGCUUGUCCAAAAAGCAAUCUUGCAAAAAAAGAAAUCGGCACAGCAGAAGGCAGACUUGAGAAAUAGUGUAUCUGAGUCAGACUCCCACAUCUGCCCCUACUGUAAUAGAGAAUUCACUUACAUUGGAAGCUUGAACAAACACGCAUCUUACAGUUGUCCCAAAAAACCCAUCUCCCCUUCCUCUAAAAAAAAUUCAUCCAAAAAAAGUGGGAGCUUCUCCUCAUCCGCAAGUGGCGACAAAGGCAACAACCAGCGCCGACGAACGGCAGAUGCGGAGAUCAAAAUGCAGAGUAUGCAGGCUCACUUGGGUAAGACGAGAGCACGAACCUCAGGACCUGUGCAGAUUCAGCUGCCUACCGCAUCCUUCAAAUCAAAGCAAAAUGUAAAAUUUAUACCUCCAAUUAGAUCCAAAAAGCCAAGUCCCUCUUCAGUGUUAAGGAACUCCAGCCCUGUAAGAGUGGCCAAAAUGACUCACAUUGAGGGGAAAAAAACUAAAGUGGUAGCCAAGAAUCAUUCUGGAAUCUCAAGCAAAACAUCCCGGAAACUGCAUGUCCGAAUACAAAGGAAUAAAGCCGUUUUGCCAAGUAAGUCUGCUGUGGCAAACAAGAAAAAGACAGAUAGGUUCAGUGUAAAAUCUAGAGAGAGGGUUGGAGGACCUAUCACUCGGAGCUUACAGCAGGCAGCUAAUGCAGACACAAUAGAAAACAAGAGAGAAGAGAGCAGUACAAAACAAGAACUAAAAGAUUUCAGGAACCUCCUGUAAAAACAAAACAAAAAUCCCUAAAUGCUCAAUUUAGGAUAAGCACUACGCCAAUGGAUGUGAAAUCCACCAAGCUUGCGAAACCAGCUGAAACUGACUCUCAAUCAUAAAAUGCAGCUGAUUGCCUGCAGGCUUCUUGCGCUAAUGUUUAGUGUCAGGCAUAUGUUUUCUUCAUUGGUGCCUGAUACACAUGCUGGGCUAGAGGAUGUUUUAGAUACAAAGAGAAGGGUACUAUUAAUAAUAAAUAAAGGAAGGAAGCAAUAUGGGCUAAACUGAACAGAAUCUGCUGCCACUGAACUGAUAGCUCAGAUUUCUGGUUUUGCCCAUAUCUUGAUGAAUGACAUGCAAAAAGACAUUUCAGCUUAAACUUUGCAAAGCAGGUUCCUGUUUUAUCAAUAGUUCGUUGUAGAGUCAGGGACGACAAAUGUUGCUGCACUCAAAGUAUUUUUGUCAUGUAUUGAGUCUCCUGAAGCUUUUCUUUUAAAUUAACUAGUAGAGAGGAACCUAGCGUGACAGUGUUUCCUCCUUUUCUCCUUCCACCCCCACUUUUUUGUUUUGUUUUUAAGUCUUUUAGAUACCCAGCAUAGAUGUGGGGAAAACCAGGUUUGGACAUUUUAUGAAUUUCCCGAUCUCCUAUUUAUACAUGCAAAUAAAACUUUCUUCCUAUAGAAAUGAAAUCCUGGCACCAAUUUCUGAAUUCCAUAUAAUUGGAUACCGUGUACUAUUUUAUUAAUAAACAGGCCAGAAACGGGGCUGUAUAGGUGUAUAUUUUGAAAGAUAAAUGUAUAAUAAAAUUACUGUAAAAGGUCUGACACCUCAUUAUCUAAUAACUUAAAAGCAACAAAUUAACCUACUGCUCAUAAAGAGCUUUUUGUGGAAAUAUCAUUUCUCAUGCAUUUGUACACCCUGCCGGAUUAAUGACUCAGUUGAUGGAAAGCAGCUAGUUCCAUUAUGCACCCUCCCACUCUUCUCCCCCCGCCCCCUCCUUGACUUAACAAGUAAUCUACCUCUUAAAAUUUGUAGUUUAAUACUUGUUUGGUGAAUUUGUGCCACUUUCACUUUCACUAUCAUUCCCAUUUUGUUACAUUUCUGUUAUGGGGACUUUAUGUUGAAAUAUUGUAUAAAGCAUUUGUAGCAAGUUUUAAAAAAAAAUAAAAUAUUUAAAAUUAUUUAAAUUGUUUUGGACACUUCAAUUGUAUUAUAUGUGAUUUACAUUUUACAUUAAAUUUUUUUGUUUUUGUUUUGGGUUGUUAAUCUGGUGAGUGUGCCUGUAUUAAAGUUUGCUGUUAGUUAUAUUUUCUUUUGUUGGAGAGUGAUAUAAAGACUAUUCUAAUGAAAACAUUAAAAAUUACAAUUUGACAUACAAAUGGGGUUGUCCUUGCUUUUAAACAUUUUAGCCUUGUUGGAUAUAUUUUAAGUGCAGGCAAGCAAAUGAAGAGUGGUUUUGUUUUGUUUUUCCUCCAGCAUGAAAUAAACCUUGGAAAUCUCUCAGAUGUAUAAGAUCUCUCUGCUGUUGCAAGCACUUAAUGACCAGCUAGAUGGGACUACCGUGGUACAUUUUAUAUAACUGUAACCAAUAAAGUAAACUUUUUAAAAACU